AAAAAGCAGCUGCCAUUUUGGCAAAGUGUUGGUCUGCACUUUCAGCCCAGACUUUUCAUCGGAUUUAAAUAAUUAAAUAAAGUCAUGUUCUUGCAAACCCGUCGUUUAGCAGUAAAAUAACUUUGGAGAAAAUUGCAACUCGUGUCACCUUUCCAUUUAAUGUAAUUCAACACAAAUCAGGAUUAUACCCAAUCGCAUUGCUGAGAAGACAGGACCCCAAAUUUUGGACAGUAGUGACCAGGAAAACAAACAAUGUCGUUCCUCAAUGAGGUCAAACUGGAAAGCUUCCUAGGCUGGGGAUCAUUCGGCCUUGUAUUCUCCACACUUCACAAAACAACUGGGGAGACAUUUGCAACAAAAUUUAUAUACGAGGUUGGCCCUGACUACCGCGUGGAACGUGAAGCGCUACUCGUUGGAAAAACACCGCAUCGAAAUAUCGUCGCUGUUAAAAGUUUAACACUAGAAACCUACUCAUUCCGCGAACUGAAUAAAUUUAUCAAUUCAGUCGACAUCAAAGAUGAAGAUGGACAAGAGCGGAGACAUACGUUGCUCACAUUAGCCAAGGAUUGUGAUCCUCUGCCAAUACACGUUAUUAAAAUGGAACUGCUCGGCGAUAACUUGAAGACCUGGAUAUCCAUCCACUCGGUCGCUGCAAUCGAAGAUGUGGGUUUGCAAGCAAUUAAGCUACAAAUCAUCAAAGACCUAAUCAAUGGGUUGACAUUCCUGCACGAUAACAAAAUUACUCAUCGAGACAUUAAGCCCGCCAAUGCCCUGUUUGCAUAUUCCGGACGCCCAGAGAAAUUCGAUUUCCCGCUGAAAAUUGGAGAUUUUGGGUUAAGUCGGGAAAUUCGGGGAGAAACGAUAAAGGAGUCCUUGACGGCAAACCAAGGAACCAGGCUUUACCGAGCACCAGAGGUCAACACGGGAAAAUACGGGCGCCAGGCUGACUUAUAUUCCGUAGGGCUUGUUAUAUUUGAACUUGUCAUGCUUUUCAGAGAGAGGGUAGAGAGGAACGAGAAAUUCGAUUUAUUGAAAAGCCAGGAUUAUAGCGUACUUGAUUCAGAUGCAAUAAUUCAGCUUGCAUCGAUAAACUUAAAGCCCCUACUAAUUCGAAUGGUCCAACCGACGGAGGAGCAUCGGUUGGCGUCGGUCCAUGAUGUCGACAAGUUUCUAGGCAACACAACUGCUGAGCUUGAUUUAGUGAACGCUAGCAUGUAUAACCCAGAAAAGCUACCAAAAAAACUUGUCGUCGACACGGUUGAACUUAUGAGGCUUCUACAGGACACAAAUUCGCAAAGAUUCCUGAGCAACGUCACAUUCAAAUUUCUGCUGGGUAGAGGUUCAUUUGGGUUUGUUUACGAGACACACAAUUCUGUCAUGAAUAAAAAUACGGCCGUCAAGGUGCUUGUACACAAAAGAUUGGGUACAACACGACAGAAGAUGAUUACGAGGGAAACAGACAUAUGUACAAAACUAAGCCAUAAACACAUCGUCAAUGUGACACAGACUCACAACGCCAAACUAAGUGAAAUGGAGGGUCAUAAACUAUUUGGUAAAUUUGGUGAAAUUGAUCUUUCCGAUUCAACUCACUCAACCUCCUCCGAGUUAACUAGCAUUAUGUCAUUGAAAUUAACCUCAAGCCUUACUUUCAUUGAGAUGGAGUUAUGCGGUCAAAACUUGCGGUCAUGGCUAAACACCAUGUGUAAUGACCGAACGUUAGAUCUAAAUCUGGAAAUGACACAGUUCCAAAUUGUGCGUGGAAUUCGUGAAGGUCUUGCCUACUUGCACUCGAAAGACAUUCUCCAUCGUGACAUAAAACCAGACAAUAUUAUGUUCACAGCUUCUGUGUUCCAGCUUCCCGUGAAAAUUGGAGAUUUUGGGUUAUCCAGAAUACUUGAUGUGGGUGAAUCUACUUCAACUUCUAGAGUUGGGGCAAUGGCAUAUAUGGCACCUGAAGUUCGUUACAGUGGACACUAUGGAAAAACGUCGCAUUUGUUCAGUCUUGGCCUAGUUAUGCUUGAAGUGCUGGAUUUACAUAGCAAAUAUGAUCAACUAAAAAUAUUUCACCAAGUUAUUAACGGUGCUGAAUUUUGGCAGGUAAAAUCCCAUGCAGUGAUAUUAAAUUCUAAGUUAAUCAUCUCACUUACUCGUGAAAAACCUGCUGAUAGAUUGAAAGAUAUUUCUGAGGUGAAAUUCAUUACUGACUUGAACUAAAUAUGUAAUUGACGAGGCAUAACAAAUCAUAUGUAUGGAUGGACCACAUAGAUACAUAUCGACGUAACACUAGUUUUGGCAACUAGAAUAUUUAACAUUAACCAUAUUUAAAUCAUAAUAAUUUUAACGUAUGUACUACGUGCCACAAAGAUUAAUUAUUCUUUUAAUCAAGCAAAUCUAAUUUAACUGAAAUAGUUACUUCAAUCUGCAUAUAUAAUUACUUACACACAUUUGUAUUUAUAAGUGACACUGGAUGAUAAGCAGAUAUUGCCUUUUAGUCAAAUCCAUUAAAAUAUGAUUAUUUUUAAUUAAAUUUUCCACUCUGCUCCUAAUGCGUCCCCUCAAACCUGGUAGGAUCGUUUGAGAAGCUAAAUUUAUAUACAUAUAUAAAGGGUGUUAAUAAAGUCCGAUCCCAUGCAUUUUUUGGAGCGUGGUUGUUACAAAUUCA